CCUAAUUUUCAUUGUAAUUUAACCUUUUCAGUGUUAUGAGCAUGACAAAUGGUUAUUGGUAGCACAGAAUAAAUACAUUUUUAAACUAUUAACUUCAUGUUGUUAUUAUACCUUAUGUCGUGAUAGUUGAUAUUUUGAGUUCUUUAUCAACUAAGUAGUGACACUAGUAAGCUUGUACCGUAGUAGGUACUCCGAUAGUCCACUCAUCAUCAUAUUAAACAAAGAAGAAAGAAAACAGCAGUACUCAGUAGUUUUAGAUUCAAGAUAGUUUGUUUGAACUUUGAGUUAAGAGCUGGAUGGUGAGAGUAUACGAAAAGUCGAAAACAUUAUUUACAAAAUUUGCUGGUUAUUACUUAGAAGAUAUCAAUAUUUUCCGGCUGGAGAGAUUCAUCUUUUUAGAAAGUACCCACAGAUAUAUAAAAAUAGUAUUUUUAUAUAUCUGUGAAAGUACCUAAUUGAAUCAAUUUGCUACAUUUUUAGAUAUUUUUAGGUAUUCAGAUAUCUUAAAAGUAGUUCUGUAGUAUGGCGUCUACAUCAAGAGAUUCCCAAGAAAUCAUUGCCAAAAAGACAUGGGAAUUGGAAAACAGUGUGCAAACCGUUAAUACAGUCGACGAUAUAUUCAAAUAUGACAAACAACAACAACAAGAUAUUUUGACUGCCAAACCUUGGGAGAAAGAUCCUCAUUAUUUUAAAGAUAUUAAAAUAUCUGCAUUAGCACUAUUAAAAAUGGUGAUGCAUGCUCGAUCUGGUGGUAUUUUGGAAAUAAUGGGUCUAUUACUUGGCAAAGUAGAAGGUAAUACUAUGAUUGUCAUGGAUUCUUUUGCUUUACCUGUUGAAGGAACAGAAACAAGAGUCAAUGCCCAAGCACAAGCAUAUGAAUACAUGACGGCAUACAUAGAAUCUGCUAAAGUAGUGGGACGUCAAGAAAAUGCGAUUGGUUGGUAUCAUAGUCACCCGGGUUAUGGAUGCUGGUUAUCUGGUAUCGAUGUUUCAACACAAAUGUUAAAUCAAAAUUUUCAAGAACCGUUUGUAGCAAUUGUCAUUGAUCCAGUUAGAACAAUUUCUGCUGGUAAAGUUUGCUUGGGGGCAUUCCGUACUUAUCCUAAGGGCUAUAAGCCUGCAAAUGAAGAACCUUCUGAGUAUCAAACUAUUCCAUUAAAUAAAAUUGAAGACUUUGGAGUACACUGUAAACAAUACUAUUCAUUAGAAGUAAACUAUUUCAAAUCUUCCCUUGAUCGACGUUUAUUGGAUUCAUUAUGGAACAAAUAUUGGGUGAACACUUUAAGCUCAUCCAGUUUAAUAACAAAUGCUGAUUACCUAACAGGUCAAAUAAAUGAUCUUUCCGAUAAGCUAGAACAAGCCGACACCUCCCUGAGUCGUACAUUUUUUGAGCCUGUUGAUCGUACUAAAACAGAAAAUAAAUUGGUAAAAGCUACAAAAGAUAGUAAUAAAGCUACAAUUGAAAUAUUAUGUGGAUUGAUGUCUCAAACAAUUAAAGAAGCUCUGUUUAAUAGUUGUACACCGAAGAAUAAUCAGCAAUAAAUAACAAAUCUGUAUUGUAAUUACUAAGUAAAUAAUUAAAAUGUUCAAUAUAACAUAUUAUAAUA